AUGGCUCUCUUGGUGCGUCAGGUUACGACGUUGAUCCUCAAGAACCUGUUAGCCGCGUUUGUCCGACGUUGGUUCUCAACGACAUUCCGAGCAUUUCUAUUGCCGUGUAUAUUCGUCGGUUUCUUAUCGUAUGCACGGUUCUUGUUCAUCCCCCCGUCUGUGUAUGGCAUCGGAGACGCGACCCCUGUUCGAAGUUUGCCGCAAGCUCUAGACCUAGUAUCCGGUGGUCGAAGCAAACUUGUCUUUGUCAAUAGCGGUUUUGCAGACGGACCAAUCCAGUCGGUCAUCGACAGAGUUGUGAGCGAUGCUGGCUCGUUUGGCGGCCACGUGGAGAUAUUGUCACAAGAGGAGGAACUGUUGACUACUUGCCAAAACUCGAUUCGGGGAACUUCCGCGUGUAUUGCUGGGGCUGUGUUCUUUUCUUCCCCUUCGGAAGGAGGUGGCGGUCGUUGGAACUAUUCGAUUCGAGCCGACGGUGGUCUUCAAACCAAGAUUGUGACUGAUUCGUCCAAGAACGACGCGGAGAUUUAUUUGCUUCCUCUGCAACACGCGAUCGAUGGCGCGAUAUCAGAGCUUGAAGCGGGUAACGAUGGGGCCACCACUCUUCCAGCCACUGUCGACGAAUACCCAUACACCUCGAUGACCAAAGAAGAACGACUGAGACAGAUCCGGACCAGGUAUAUGGGAGGCAUUAUCGACAUCUUGGCGGUCGCCUUCUUCAUCGGCAUUGUCGGUGUCACCUAUCAACUCACUGGAAUCAUCGCGUCUGAAAGGGAGAAUGGUAUGGCACAGCUGUUGGACUGUAUGAUGCCCAACUCCAAGAGAUCGCAGCCACAGAUGGCCCGAAUUGUCGCCAAUCAUCUCGCCUUCGAUUUGCUCUACGGCCCGGGUUGGAUCAUCAUGGCUAUAAUCCUCUCUGUCGGUGUUUUCAGCAAUACCUCCGCGGCAAUUGUCAUCAUUUUCAAUCUUCUCUCGGGACUGGCAAUGUCUUCCCUGUCCAUCCUCGGAGGGGCAUUCUUCAAAAAGGCUCAACUCAGUGGGAUUACCUCGGUGAUCCUGAGCUUGCUCCUCGCUAUCAUCGCGCAAGUGGCCAGCAAAGCCGGGACGGCAUCCGUCGCAAUCCUUUCUCUCCUCUUCCCCCCCAUGAACUAUGUGUACUUCGUCAUCUUUAUGGCUCGUUGGGAGAGGCAAGACCUGGCGACCAACCUUGUGAAGAAGGCCCCCGCGAACACAUCCUCUCUGCCGGGACUGGCUCUAUGGAUAUUCUCGAUCAUUCAGAUCGUGGUCUUCCCCGUCAUCGGUGCAUACGUGGAGCGAACCCUCUAUGGAACGGCGUCAGAGAGCCGACACUUGACGUACUCGGACAGUGUGACUGCGAUCUCUCUGAGUCGAUUUACCAAAGAAUAUCGACCAUCAUUUCUGGCGAAGCUGCGCUCUAUCGUUACGAGAAGGCAGCCCAAGAGUGUCCUUGCAGUCGACAACCUGAGCUUGGCCGCAGUCAGAGGCCAAAUCAUGGUUCUUCUGGGCGCCAAUGGUAGUGGAAAGUCGACGACCCUCGAUGCCAUUGCCGGCCUGAACUCCAUCACAUCAGGCGAGAUUACUGUCAAUAUUCCGGAGGCGAAUACAGGCUUAGGCUUAUGUCCUCAGAAGAAUGUUCUGUGGGAUGAUCUGACCGUCGAAGAACACGUCCGUAUUUUUAACCGGAUCAAGUGCCAGACUCCGUCUUCCAAGGAUGAGAACCUACUCCUUCUUGCGUCAUGCGAUAUUGCAUCCAAAGCGAAUGCCCGUGCCAAAACGCUAUCCGGAGGCCAGAAGCGAAAGCUACAAUUGGCAAUGAUGUUCACAGGUGGUUCACGGGUGUGCUGUGUCGACGAAGUCUCCUCCGGUCUCGAUCCUUUGUCCCGGAGAAAGAUUUGGGAUAUCUUACUUGCCGAGCGUGGACAGAGAUCCAUCAUUCUCACGACACAUUUCCUGGACGAAGCCGAGCUGCUUGCUGAUCAUAUUGCCAUUCUUUCCAAGGGUGUGUUGAAGGCGUCGGGAACGUCGGUCGAGCUGAAGCACAGAUUGGGCUCAGGAUAUCGAGUUCAUGUGUACCACACCCAUGGAGCUCGUCAGCUGCCCACGUACCCGGAUGUCAAUCAGGUUCGGCGCAAUGACCAGACCGUAUACACAUUGACCAAUUCGGCCAAAGCUGCUGACUUUCUUGGUCGGAUCGAAUCUGAUGGGGUUCCAGAGUAUCAAGUCAACGGUCCCACGAUCGAGGACGUCUUCUUGAAGGUUGCGGAAGAGGCCAGGCCACCGCAAUCAGCUUCCAAGAACACCGAGGCCGACGAAAAGCUCCAAGAGAUUGGCAGCCAUAGCAGCACAGAAGCUGUUCCUCACAAGACUGUCGAGGUGAUAAUUCAAGACGAAUCGUCGACCGACAUUCCUCAACUUCUCGACGGACGUCGCAUCAGCGUACCGAGGCAAGCCAUGGUUCUCUUUUCGAAGAGAUGGGUGGUUCUCCGUCGGAAUACGCUUCCAUAUCUUGCCGCCCUUUUGAUUCCUAUCAUCGCGGCCGGUCUUGUGACGCUGUUUCUCGAUAACUUUCAAAAGGCCGGCUGUACUCCGGCCUCGACAGUUGCCGUGUCUGACGUAACUUCUCUGUCCACACAAAUUGAUUAUCAGCUUGUUGCGGGUCCUCGAGAUCGACUUACGUCGGACGCUUUGCAGCGGUUUGCAGCGACAUUUUCGGGGAGUACGGGUGUUGCAGGAAUUGCAGCCAACACAACACGGCUUCUGGAUUCGCUCCAUAUGGUCGAUACCCUCCAAGAAUUCAAUUCUUACAUCCAAGCCCGCUUUGCGAAUGUUACGCCUGGCGGUUUCUUUCUCGGUGAUGACACGUCGCCACCUACGUUCGCCUGGCGUGGAAAUGGUGAUAUUGCAUUUUCCGUCAUCAUACAAAAUGCCAUGGACACUCUUUUGAGUAAUAUUUCCAUUUCGAACCAAUACCAAGCAUUCGACGUCCCCUGGGGUGCGGACGUUGGGAAAGCACUUCAACUGAUCACUUACUUUGGUCUCGCAAUGGCCGUCUACCCAUCCUUCUUCUCAUUAUACCCCACUAUUGAACGGCUUCGAUAUGUCCGAGGGUUGCAUUACAGCAAUGGUGUUCGUUCGGCACCACUGUGGCUCGCCUACACCGCCUUCGACUUUGUUAUAGUCAUCGUCACCAGUUCAAUCGCCAUCAUCAUUUUCCGAGCUGUCACUGACAUCUGGUAUCACAUUGAAUAUCUCUUUAUGGUCUUCUUCCUCUACGGAUUAGCCUCGACGCUGCUGUCAUAUGUCAUUUCCCUCUUUUCGAGAUCCCAGCUCGCAGCAUUUGCAUUUGCCGCAGGCGGUCAAGCCGUCAUGUUCCUUCUCUACUUCAUUGCAUAUAUGAGCGUUUUGACAUACGCCCCGAUUGACCAAAUCGACAGUUACGUUGACAUUUGCCACUUCACGAUUGCAACUAUAUCGCCAGUCGCCAACCUUACCCGAGCACUUUUUGUUACCUUGAAUGUUUUCUCAAUCACAUGCCGAAAUCGAGAUUUCGCAUCCUAUGCCGGAUCGAUGACGACCUUCGGGGGUCCGAUCUUGUAUUUAAUCCUUCAAUCCCUCAUUUUAUUUGGCCUGUUGCUUUGGUGGGAUUCGGGCCCUCUAUUUCGACGUUUCCGCGGAAAACAACGAGAAACAGAACUUGAGGAGAAGGAUACUGUGGAAGCAGAGGUCUCUAACGAACUAACACGAGUCUCUUCUUCACAAGACGGCCUUCGCGUGCUCAAUCUAUCGAAGCAAUUUGGAAAGAACCUUGCUGUAAAUAAUGUGACCUUUGGAGUCCCGCGGAGCGAAGUGUUUGCACUUCUAGGCCCCAAUGGAGCAGGAAAAUCGACCACGAUCUCGCUAAUUCGAGGUGACAUUCAACCAAGUCGACGAGGAGGUGAUAUUCUGGUAGAUAACGUCUCGGUCAUUCGACACCGGGCUCAGGCCAGAUCCCGACUCGGGGUGUGUCCCCAAUUCGACGCCAUGGAUACGAUGACCGUUUCUGAACAUCUUGAAUUCUACGCCAAAGUUCGUGGAGUCAGUCACCCGCGACAUAAUGUUCUCGCGGUCAUGCGUUCGGUUGGACUCGAACAAUAUGCGGAUCGUAUGGCGGCCAAACUGUCUGGUGGAAACAAACGUAAACUCUCGCUCGGUAUUGCACUCAUGGGCAAUCCAAUUGUCUUGCUACUGGACGAGCCUUCCUCAGGGAUGGAUGCAGCGAGUAAGCGUGUUAUGUGGAGGACACUGGAAUCCGUUGUUCCUGGACGAUCUCUAGUUCUCACGACCCAUUCCAUGGAAGAAGCCGAUGCAUUGGCAACCAGAGCUGGGAUCAUGGCAGGAAAGAUGCUGGCUCUUGGGACGACGGAAAAUCUUCGACGAAAGCACGGGGACGCAUAUUAUGUACAUCUCGUUCAUCAGUGCGCCCCACAUGCAUCGGAUGAUGAUAUGCGACGCAUCCGAGACUGGAUCCUGCAUAACUUUCCAAACGCGGAUAUUGAAAGCAAAGUAUACGCAGGGCAAAUCCGAUUCUCGGUGCCCACAACUGGUGUACCGGAUGAGGUCAGCAACGGCUCAAAUAUAUCGACAUUGUUCACGGCUUUGGAAAAGAACAAAUCCGAUCUCCAGAUCGAGUAUUACAGCGUCAGCCGAGCAACGUUGGAUCAAGUUUUCCUCAACAUCGUGAGCAAGCACCAUGUCGAGGAAGAAGGUAAUGAAGCAAUGCCUGCACCGAAACAGAGUAUUCCAAAUGUGUUCUCGCGAUUGAGUACAUUCUCGAUAAAACCCUGGAAGUAA